AUGCGAGUCCUUCGCGCGGGUACACUGGACGUGAUCGACUACGAGGAGCCACCAAGCCAGGUCGCCUCAGACUACGCAAUCCUGAGCCAUACGUGGCAAGAUGAUGAAGUCCUGUACGAGGAUGUGCUAUCUGGAAGAGUAGCCACCAAGCAAGGUUACUCCAAGAUUUACCAUGCCUGCAAACAAGCGUUGGCAGACGACUUGCCAUAUCUAUGGGCCGAUACAUGCUGUAUCGACAAGCGCAGCAGCGCCGAGUUGCAGGAGACCAUCAAUAGCAUGUACCGCUGGUACUCUCUCGCCAAAGUCUGCUACGUCUACCUCGCAGAUGUAGCGGCGGGAUCAGGCUGGGAAGACCAGCUAGCAAGUAGUAGGUGGUUCACUCGUGCAUGGACUCUUCAGGAGCUACUAGCGCCACGAGAUGUGCAUUUCUUCGACCAAAACUGGAUAUUGCUUGGCCAUCUCAAGGACCUAGUCAAGCAAGUCUCUUCGAUCACGGGUAUUGAUGUCCGCCUGCUCACGCAUAAAAGAGGCCUUCAUACUUACAGUAUUGCGCAACGGAUGUCUUGGGCGGCGAAGCGAAAGGCGACGAGGAUCGAGGACAUAGCCUACUCGCUCUUGGGUAUCUUCGAUGUGAACAUUACCAUGCUGUAUGGAGAAGGUCCAAAAGCGUUUCGUCGGUUACAGGAGGAGAUCAUGCGGAAUUCCACAGAUCACUCUCUCUUCGCAUGGCAGCCCGACGACAAUCAAAAUGGCCAUCCACGGGGCGUGCUGGCCAGAUCUCCAGCAGAAUAUCAGCAUUGUGGCAGGCUUGGUCCAACCAACAAGCCAUACUAUGCUCUGGAGCUUGACCAUCUACCAAGACUACUCAAGCCGCGCAACUACCGCAUCGACCCAGCACUUUUUGGCUCGCACGCUCGGGAUGUCUAUCUAGUCAGGGGACUGCGAGCACUUUCUCUGGAGGAGUUCAAGGACUUGGCCCCACGACUGAAGACUGCUAAAGUGGCGUUACUCUCUGGGGACGACUUUCGUACUAUGGAUCUGCUGGCUCCGGGGCAGCCGUGGAUGACUCCUGCUGCGAAAUAUACAAGAGGAUGA